AUGAGUACGGAUCCUACUCAUAAAUCCUCUACCGUUGCAACAAAACUGAAACAGCCAACGCUGCAAGAAAUACUCGCACAAUCCACUCGAAUUGGUUCUAAAUUUACAACGCCUCCACGCGUCAGUCCGGUUUUCAAGAAAACAUCCGUCCUUCCAAGUCGCGUCAGCACUUCACCCUUCACUCCACAUUGUAAAGGAAUAUCUUUAACGACGGGACAACCUUGUCGGCGUCCCGUUGUAGUCGACCAUUACUGUUUUCAUCAUAGGGCACAGACGAGUGGAUCUGUGUUUGGUUUACCGACUAAUCCAACUACGGAAGAGCAGCCGAACGACGCUAGGCAGGACGGAGAGACGGAGGUGUUGAACGAGAAUAGUGACACUGGAUUGGAUAGCCUCUCAACGACAUCAUCGUUUGUGGAUCAAAAAGAUGACGAGCAACUUGUAGGGACCAUAAGACGAUUAUCAAUAAACAACCAGAACCGUAACGCGACAACUUUGCGGAAACGUUCGGAAGUUGGCAACCAAUCUACUCAAACGAAGCUGAAUUUUGGUCAGGAUGAAAAAGUAGAGGUUAUUGAUUUAGCUAGUGACGCGAGUGAAAACAAGUCUGGCACAGUUGACAAGUCCGCAGGGAUCGCUAGAGGUUUAUCAAACCAGAAUGCGUGGAGACGUUCGGGCGCUGGUAAACAGACUAGCCAAACGAAAUUGAACUUUGAUCAGGAUUGCGAGAACCUUGAUAGUUCUGCUAGGGCUACAGUCAUUAGUAUUCAAUUGGAUAACAAUGUUGAAGUAAAGAUUACGCAAUUACAGCAAGCGUCUGGAAGCACAUCUAAGACUGAUAUAUCGACAGCCCCAUCCUGUGGACCUUCCGAAUCACAGUCCGAGCGGAAUACAUCAGAUAUACAUGAUAGUGAUCCAAACCCUAAAGACGGCCCCAAUGUUGCCGAGCAUGAAGACAAGCAAGUACAAACUGACACGUCCGAUAAUACACGUGACCAAUCGAAAGGUCCUCCGGAACAUCCGAUUCCUUUGGAAAGUCCCGCCGUGCCAGAUGACAGCUUCAUAGAAACAACACAUAAAGAUUUAUUUCGCACGCCGACAACGGUGACUCCUGAUACGCAAAUACUAACAGCCCCUUGGCUCUCCAGUUCUCCCACGCAGGCAAUUUACGCUACUCGUCCUAUCGAAUUGGGUUCAAGUCCAUUUCGUUCUCUUGUUGAUGGACCAUCGAUCUUAUGGUCCAAUCAAGAAUUUGAUGAUGGAGAGCAAUCAAGUGAGAAACAAGGUGAAUUUGUCACGCCGUCUUCCUCAACGCAACAAUCACCAGCUCAUACACCCAAAGCAUGCGGAUCGCCUAUUCCGAUCAAGCGCGGUGAUCAUGAUUUAUCUCCGGCGGCGCUAAGGCGCUCCUUACUUCCGCUAGUUGGGUCUCCUACGCCACGUCGAAAUGUGGUGACGCUUGAAAAAGAUAGUUACAAAGAAUCAUUGACUACCGAUGUUGAUACGUCAACUCCAUCAGAGAAAUAUCCGCCUAUUCCAUCGUUUUCUCUUCUCUCAUCCCCCGUAAUCUCUCCUCCACUUCGUCGUACAUCCACUCACGUUCACGUGGAUCUCACCGGAGACACUCCUUCAGUUUUUUCGUCACCGUUGAAUUCUUCAAACUUUGUUCAAUGCUGCGGUAUCAACAAGACUGGCAAGAGAUGCAUUCGCCGUGUCAAGUGUUCCGAACACGACCGUGGUGAGGUGCAAUAUUGUCAUCAGCAUAGGGUGGAAUAUGCUCAAACGCAGAAUACAGAUGUAGAGAGUGUUCUAUUCGUUCCUGGACGCUCGAGAAUGGUUUGGUUAAAAUUUGAAGAAUGGAUAAAUCCUGAUCUGCCGGAAGAAAUCAGACGCCUUCUUAGAUCUGAAAUGGAGAAGCCGAUCUCGGAAAGCGACGAGCCGGGUUUUAUCUAUGCUUACCAUAUUGUUUCUGGCUCAGAUACACAUCGGGAUCCGUACAGUACUCUGUACAAAGUGGGACGCACCACUAAUCUCCAUCGUCGUAUAUAUCAGUGGUCUCAACACUGCGGGUAUACGCCCGAGGUCAUCGAGUACUUUCCCAACGUCAGUCUUCCACCCUCCCUGUCACGUCGCGAGAGUUUGAUCUCAAACUCAUCUCUUUCUACCAUUGAUGAUUAUGAGGACAUUUUUGCUGAUGUUCACGAAGAUGAGAGCAAUAAUCCAUUUUGGUCGUUAAAAAGAUGCAAAUAUAGUCAUCGUGCUGAGAGGUUGAUUCAUAUCGAACUGGGAGAACGAUUCCGCGCGGAUAUUGAAAAAUGUAGCGGGUGUGGCAUUGUGCAUCGCGAGUGGUUCAAGGUCACGGCGAGCGCAGAAAGUGAGGAAAGCAAGGGUGGAUUGAUCGGGUGGGAAGAGGUGAAGAAGAUCAUCGUACACUGGGUGACGUACAUUGAGAAGGUGUAUGGAGUUGGAUAG